AUGGAAACUACAUCAUAUGACUAUGACUACAGCACUGGGUCGUAUCCACCACCUGAACUAUGUAGCAGGGAUGGGGACAAUAUUCUGGGAGCUCAACUGUCCAUCCUUUAUUACUUCAUGUUUGUCUUCAGCCUUUUUGGGAACGGACUGGUACUGUUCAUCAUCUAUCGGUUUGAGCAGCUGACCAGUGUGGCCAACAUCUUGGUACUGAACCUGGUCAUGUCUUCCCUGAUCUUCACAAGCAGCCUUCCCUUCAUGGCAGUCUACAUGCAACUUUCCAACUGGAUCUUUGGCAACGUUGUGUGCAAGAUUGUUGGUAGCAGCUACUACUUGGGCCUCUACAGUUCUGUCCUAUUUUUAGCUCUUCUGACCUUUGACCAACACCUUGCAGUUGUGUACUCUGUGGGUUCAUUACAAAUGAGGAAUCAAAAGUAUGGAGUAAUCUCAUGUGUUGUGGUGUGGCUGGUUAGUGGAUUGGCAUGCAUCAAACCAAUGAUUCUCUAUACCACUUUUUUUUCCCAUCUUGACAACAAAGAGUUGUGUGAAGAGGACCCGCAAGAUUUUCCUAAUAUUAAUGCUAGCCUGUUGAGAUCAUCUGGGUUUUACAUUCAGCUUUUCCUUUUCUUUAUCUUCCCACUGCUUGUAAUUGUCUAUUGCUACAUAAGAAUCACAAUCACUGUUGUGUCAUCAAACAUUGCGACAAAGUUCAAGACGGUCCGGCUGAUAUUCAUCAUUGUGCUGGUGUUUUUCAUGUGCUGGACCCCUUUUAACAUUGUUUUGCUGAUGUAUGAUAAAGCAACUACCUGUGUAGAAGAACAGAAACUGGGCUAUGCACUUCAAAUCUCUCAUAACAUUGCCUCCAUCUACUUUUGCAUCAGCCCCAUCUUCUACACGUUUGUUGGAAAGAAAUUCCAGAACUAUUUCAAGCGGUUGCUGGUGAAACGCUUUCCAAAGUUAAAGAGGUACCUGUCUGCAAAUUAAAAUAGCAGAAGUUUGUUUUCCUUGUUGGAAUGAAGGUGGAGAUCAACAAAAUCAGAGUUGGGGUACAGGCAUAUUCAUACUUACCUGCACAGUCCUUAUCAAUCAGUUCAUUUUCUAGGAGCUAGUGUCCAGAAAUCUUUGCCGGGCCACUUCCUGUGAUUUGGGUUAAAGGUCGUAUAAAAUUAUACUCAUUUGUACUUGAAAAAAUCAGUAGUGUGGUUCCUGUUCUAUUAGUUUUCUAUCCGGUCUUCAAGUCUGACGUCAUUAGCCAUGUCUGGGCCCAAACUCUGCUGCAGGUCCCAAAGUCAAAUGAACACUGCGGCAUAACUGAGAGUUGAAAAACUGUCUAAAUUCUUUCAUCUUUAAUAAAAUGAUCAGUGUUGCUGCUUUACCAGGUGUAACAACUAGGUUUAACAUCCAGGCAUACAUGAAAACAGAAUUUAUUAAAUUUAACAGAGUUAGAAGUUAGCAGGAAGUUAGCUUGCUAGUUUCCA